CCUCUCACAGCCCAUGUGCGUGCGCCGCGAUUCCAUGUCGCAGCUGGUGAAGGAGCGGUUGAUCCUGUUGCCAGGAUGAAACUAUGAGACAUGGUCGAUAGCAAACGCAAGAAUCGCGCUGGGGAUCCCGAGCCCGGCUCAAAAAGACAGCGCGUCAGUCGGGCCUGCGAUCAAUGCCGGAGUGCACGAGAGAAGUGCGAUGGCAUCCAGCCGAUUUGCUUCACCUGUGCUUCAUCCAACCGCGACUGCACCUACACCACCAACCCAAAGCGCCGGGGGAUCCAGCCUGGAUACAUUCGCACGCUUGAGCUCACCCUAGCAUGGACUCUGUGCAAUGUGCCUGGAUCUGAGGAAGCUCUCCUUGAGCUUCUGCAGCAAGAAAACGGCCAAUUGCUCAUCUCCAGCACAGACAGUGCUGCGUCCAACAAACUCCAUAAAAAAUGGAGAAAACACAUCGUAUCCAAGGCUAUCGAUCGAGUGCUUUCGGGCGAAGGUAUAGCUGACUUGUUUGAGCAUGGUGUUUCGACUUCAGGGGAUGAUGAAGAAGAUGAGAACGCUCCCGAGGCCACCACCGGCCCCGUAGCUUCGCUCUUAACGCCAGAAUCGCUCAAGACUGGCCAUGCACAAUUCCAGUCUGAUCACACAAUUCUUCCCACAAUGCCUGAACUGCCUGUGCAGAACAUGCAAGAAGCUCAUACCGAUGAGGCAACUGCGCAUCAGAUGCUCCAAUUACCUGCGAACCAUUGGCGUCUUAUCGACGUAUAUUUUGCCUAUACGCACUCAUGGCUUCCUGUGACUUCGAAAGAGCAGGUUUUGAAGCUGUGCUAUUCGUAUCCUAAGGAGGGUUUACAGUUCUUGCCUGGAUCUUCAUCCGCAGAUCAUGCAGAACUGUGGAGCAUCCUGGCUUUGGCCUCGCUUCAAAACAGAUCAACAGCAUCUCCCAUGGGAGUUUCGAGUCUGGAGUUGCUAAGAACUGCCGAAAGUCUCUGCUAUACUGUCGUGGAUGACUUAGACAUUGGACACGUUGGGGCUUUUUUAACGCUCGCGCUCAUCAAUAUUGGGCUACAGAGGACGCAGCUUGCCUGGCUACUACUCGGACGGGCAAUACGCGCAGGCUUGUGGUUGAGACUUGAUCUUACACAGCAGACUUCGACUUCCACGCGCAAGAUGGAGAGGCUCCAAGCCCUCCUCCUUGGCUGCUUCGUUGUCGAGACUGUUCUGGCGAUACAACUAGACGCCGUGCCCAGCCUGCGAUCGGACCUUGUUCGAGAGCUUGAUUUGAUACCUGAAGAAGGCUUGGACGAAUGGCAGCCAUGGACAGGAUGCGAUGGUUUCCAAUCGAGCAGACAGCCUGCGCGCCCAACGCUUCCUUCGCAGGCAAAGAGUACAUUCAACCAACUCGUGACUCUAUGUUGCAUUCUUAAUGACCGAAUCAUCGAACGGAAAUACGGCCAACAGACGCCGCUCACUUCUGCUUCUCUUUCCAACUGGCUUGCUAAAUUACCUGCAUCUCUUGGACCUUUGCAUUCAAUGAAUUUAGAGCAGACCUCGCCACAGAAACUGCAUUUAUUUCUGGCAUUCUUGGUCGGUCGUGCCUACGACUCUUCGAAUCGCGCUACGAUUGAGGAGGCUCUUUCAGUCCUUGAUCACUUUACCUAUGCACUUGGUCUUUCAGCCAUGCCGCCUCUUUUCGCCUGUUUUCUGACCAUUCUGAAGGCGAGAGCUAAAGACGAUGGUUUUCAGCAAAACCGGUUAGCCGGUAUCCUUACACGAUUCUGGUCCGUCUGGAAGCACCCCAGCAGAGACGGUGGCGCAUCAGUCUCACCCGCCAGCAUUGACCUUUCAACGCCGGAUAAUGACAACGUGGCAACGCCUAGGCCCCUAACUGCAGCAAAUACGAACGUCAACUCCAUGACUUCACCACUCGCUGCAGUUUCACCGCAGCUGCAGCGAACGGAAUCGAUACAUGUAGCGAGUCCUGCUUCGGCAGUGCUUCACCCACAGCCCGUCCAAACCAUCGCAGUAGCACAUCCAACACUACCUGCACCGCCACAGCUUUAUGACGACUCGAAGAUCCGCAGCUACAGUGUGGAUCAAUCUAUGGAUCUCGACGCUCUCUUCGAUCAUUUCACAGCAAUCGAAGGCACUGAUCAAUCUGCCUCACAUCCACAAUUCAUGCAGAAUCUUGGAUUUGCGCCGAACGUUAACUUCGCAGAUCUCAUGACGAACGAGUACGGAUGGGAGUUUCGUCCCGGGUGAAAAUACGACUGUGCGGCAUUUUGCAGGCAGAAGAGAAACGUAGCAUACAGCUAAGACAGGCCAACGUCUGUCAGGCUAAUAACUGGUUUAGCAUAAGAGCAUACUCUUGCAUGAUCCUGCUUCAUAGAUGACAAACAUCUAUCUCCAUGGGACAAGACUAAGCCUCUCUGACGGACAAAUAUGAUGGGCAUGGAACAAUACGACAAUUUGCCACUGUAUAUAACAUGAGAUGAUACCCGCAGGCUAUUGAGUUGGUAUAUGAUACAUUUCGAAACAGGCUUGAGCCCAAUGCUCUCGUUCCAUAUUCUCUAACCACAUGAAGGGUAGAACAUGCAGAAUUGGUCCAUAUAUAUGAGGACACUUGUGUAAAAGCACAUAAGGAUAAUUUUUCAAGGCGAUGGACAGAAGAACGUCAAGAAUGACGAUUGUAUGAUUAACAGCGCGUCCGUCGAUUAUAGCGCCAUUACUAAGAUGUUUG